GCGCCGCGCAACGCAAAUGUGGGAUUUGGUUUGUGGGGAUUUGUUUGUUUUGUUUUUGUAUAUUAACUUUUCACCAAAUAUUACAAGGAAGUAGCAUUUAACUAAGUAAAAUGAGGCGCAGUUUAGCGCCUAGCCAGAUCGGCUCCAGCGACAGCGUCUUCAAGAGUCCACUAAUUGACAAGAAACGAAAGAAAAGGGAAUGCGCCCGGAUCCCACUCGCACAGAAAUCUCCAUCUCAAUCUUUAUCUACUUCAGAACAUGAAAAUCUGAUCCGGCAGAUACUUAGCAAGCCUUUUAAAGUACCUAUACCGAACUACGUUUCAUCAUAUUGUAGUAAGAGUCUUGGUUUAAAACGGACUCAAGUGCGCCGAGCGCUACACGAUCCCGAUGAACCAAAUGCGCUUGUUCUAUACCGUCCUCCUUAUAUUCCGGAGCACGAAAAGAUGAAAAUGAGCCCUAAUGACAUUAAAGUAGCUGUUGUGGUUGAUCCAGUGCUUGGGAACAUAUUGAGACCUCAUCAAAGAGAUGGGGUUAAGUUUAUGUACGAUUGUGUCACAGGAAAACAGAUUGAAAACGCAUUUGGAUGUAUCAUGGCUGAUGAAAUGGGUUUAGGGAAGACUUUGCAGUGUAUCACGCUACUUUGGACAUUAUUAAGGCAAGGACCGGAUUGUAAGCCGACUAUUUGUAAAGCGAUUAUUGUGUGUCCUAGCAGUUUGGUAAAAAAUUGGUACAAUGAAAUUGGGAAAUGGUUAGGAUCCCGAAUCAAUGCGUUGGCUAUGGAUGGAGGCUCCAAAGCUGAUAUAACAUUGAAACUCCAACAGUUUAUGAAUACAUUUGCGGCUUUAAGAGUAGCUACACCAGUGUUGAUAAUUUCAUAUGAAACAUUUAGGAUAUAUUCAAAUAUAUUGCACUCAUCUGAAGUGGGUUUGGUUUUGUGUGACGAAGGUCACAGGCUGAAGAAUAGUGAAAACCAAACAUACCAGGCUCUGAUGGGCUUGAAAGCUAAACGGCGAAUUUUGAUAUCAGGCACUCCAAUCCAGAAUGAUUUGACCGAGUAUUUCAGCUUGGUGCACUUUGUGAAUGAAGGAAUUUUGGGUACCGCACAAGAAUUUAAGAAGAGAUACGAAAAUCCAAUUUUGAAAGGUCAAGAUGCGUUAGCAUCAGUACAAGAGAGGGAGAAGGCACAGGAAUGUCUACAAACCCUUACAUCUAUCGUCAAUAAGUGUAUGAUACGUAGAACAAGUUCAUUGCUCACUAAAUAUUUACCUGUGAAGUUUGAACAAGUCAUAUGCGUAAAGAUGACUCCACUUCAGACCCAAAUUUACAAGAAUUUCAUAAACUCUGAUGCCAUUCGUAACAAAUUCUCUGGUACGGGUGAGAAGAACACAUUAAGUGCCUUAUCUAGUAUUACAACUUUGAAGAAACUAUGCAACCAUCCCGAUUUGGUUUACGAUAAAAUCAUAGAAAGAUCCGAAGGUUUUGAAAAGGCUAGAGACUUGUUACCAAGUAAUUAUGACAUAAAAGAUGUUAAACCUGAGUAUUCAGGUAAACUUAUGAUCCUAGAUUGUAUAUUGGCAAAUUUGAAAACAAACACAGAUGAUAAAAUAGUUCUAGUUUCAAACUACACUCAGACAUUAGAUUUAUUUGAAAAAUUAUGUAGGAAACGGUGUUAUCAGUAUGUGAGACUGGAUGGUUCGAUGACAAUUAAGAAGAGAGCGAAAGUGGUUGAAAGUUUCAAUCAGAAGGAUUCAAAGGAGUGGAUAUUUAUGUUAAGUUCAAAAGCUGGAGGCUGCGGCUUGAAUUUGAUUGGCGCUAACCGUCUCAUCAUGUUCGAUCCUGAUUGGAACCCGGCGAAUGACGAUCAAGCCAUGGCCAGAGUCUGGAGAGAUGGUCAGAAGAAGCCGUGCUACAUUUAUCGGUUACUGGCAACGGGGACAAUCGAGGAAAAGAUAUUCCAAAGACAAGCACACAAGAAAGCAUUGAGCGACACUGUUGUUGAUCAAAAUGAAGAAUCAUUGCGUCACUUUACAUCAGACGACUUGAAAGACCUGUUCCGUUUAGAAGAGAAUACAUUGUCUGAUACGCACAGUAAAUUCAAGUGUCGUAGAUGCGUGAAUAACAUUCAGGUGACACUUCCCCCGGAGAAUUCGGACUGUACGUCUGAUUUAUCCAACUGGUAUCACUGUGCGGAUAAGAAGAGCUUGGCGGAUCUUGUCCUGAAACAGUGCUGGGACUUGGCUAAGAGUAUUUCAUUUGUUUUCCAUCACCGAUCGGCGCAGUGUGAGGCUAAAGAGGUGGCAGAUAAGGAUGAGGAUAAGGAAAAUGUCCAGGAGAGAAAGAGACGGAAGAUUAUUGAUGAAGAUUAUUCUGAGCCAGAUGAUAGCGCAGAUGAAGAUUAUGAGUAAUUGUUUUUUUUAUGUUUUUGUUUAUUCAAAGGUGAAAAAUUAUGUUUUAGUUAUUGUACAAAUUAUGAUAAGCAGAUUGUGGAGAUAAUUAUAUUAUUUUGAUUAUA